AUGUCUCUCGUGUCACUUGAGAAAGAUAGCCAGGGCGAACCUCGGUUUCCUGGCUGUUCAAAUAUUCGAGACUUUGAAUUUAUAGGCAAACUUGGCGAGGGAACCUUUGGUGAGGUCUACAAAGCGAGAUCAAAGAAGGACAACUCGAUUGUGGCCUUGAAGAAGAUUCUCAUGCAUCACGAGAAGGAAGGAUUUCCGAUUACAGCUAUCCGUGAAAUCAAACUCCUAAAAGCGCUUUCUCAUGUCAAUAUCUUGCAACUCAAGGAGAUGGCGAUUGAAAGGAGCAAAGUCUCUGACAAUAGCUCCAGGCGAGGGACGAAAAAGCCCAGCAUGUACAUGGUCACGCCGUACAUGGAACAUGAUCUAUCAGGUCUUCUGGAAAACCCCACCGUCCACUUCACCGAGCCUCAGAUCAAGUGUUAUCUUUAUCAGUUGCUAGAAGGCCUGCGAUACUUGCAUGCGAAUCAAAUCCUACACCGAGAUAUGAAAGCUGCCAACCUAUUAAUUAGUAAUGGGGGCAUCCUUCAAAUUGCCGAUUUUGGUUUGGCACGACCCUUCGAUGAGCCUCCUCCGCAAGCUGGAAAGGGCGGCGGGGAGGCUAAAAGAGAAUACACUGCCCUGGUUGUUACGCGAUGGUACCGCCCACCGGAGUUGCUUCUUCAACUUCGUCGGUAUACAUCAGCCAUCGACAUGUGGGGAGUUGGGUGUGUCUUUGGUGAGAUGUUCAAGGGAAAACCGAUUCUCUCAGGUAGCAGCGAUUUGAAUCAAACUCAACUCAUCUUUUCCUUGGUGGGAACCCCUACCGAGGAGAACAUGCCCGGAUGGAGCUCGCUCCCAGGAUGCGACGGGGUGAAGAGCUUUGGCCAGAAACCUGGCAACCUUGCCCAGGUAUUUAAAGACCAAAGCCCCGUGGCGGUCUCGCUCCUGACAGAGCUUCUCAAGCUGGACUGGCGCAAACGCAUCAACGCCAUUGAUGCUUUAAAACAUCCAUACUUCACCACACCUCCCCUUCCCGCAAAUCCUGGCGAGAUCCCCCAUUACCAAGAUUCUCACGAGCUCGACCGCAAGAAGUUCCGAGACCAACGCGCUCCUAUGCCUCCAGCCCCUGCAAUGGGAUCCACCGAUCCCGCAUCCAAUGGAGGAUGGACCGGGCCCGGAUCUCGGCCAGACUCCCGCAACAGCAAUCACAGUCGGAUCCCGGGAGCCGCCCGCGGUGGUCGCCCUAACGGGCCCCCAAGUGUUCCCCACCGACGCGGGCCCUUCCCGCCUCAGCGAGAGGGCGGGCUCCCUCCGCGGCCGCCAAUGUCUACAGGUCCUCCGCCGUGGGAGGGAGCACAGAGCGGCAGAUCCGACGGGCGAGAUGACCAGCGCCGAGAUCGGUUCAACCAAGGCCAGGGUCGUCCCGGUGGUAGAAUCCCACAGAGCAGCCACAAUCUCGACUCGUACGUCCCUAGCUACGGGGGCGGCUCUCACGAACGUGGACGAGAAUCUGGGGAUUACAAUCAAUCAAAUCAGGAUUGGCGUGGGGGGAGCCGACGUGACUAUCGCCGUGAACCGCCUCGGAGAAGGAGUCGGAGUCCUGGUUACAGAGAUCCAGGCCGAGGAUGA